CCUCCCUGUCUCUCCCGCACGCGCUAAAACCCUGUUCUAGGGUUUCUCCAAGAUCGUCCUCCUCGUUCGCAAGACACGCGCCACCACCUUCCGGCGCCCAGCACAACCGCUGAUAAACUGAGGAUGGCGCCGAUAGAGAAGCCUGACUACUCUGCCCUGCGCGAGCUUGUCCACCCGCACAUCGAUUCCUUCGAUUACUUCCUUGAUGAAGGCCUCGAGAAGGCCGUCGUCUCUAUCCGCCCGGUCGAGCUCUCCGACCCCGUUUCCGGCUCCAAGCUUAGAAUUUCUUUUGGCAAACCCUAUGUAAACGCGCCGACGAAGGAGGGUAGAUUGAAGUCGUCUCUAUAUCCUCACCAGUGCAGAGAAGCAGGGUUAUCGUAUAAAGGGGAGUUCAAAGUGGAGCUCAACCUUCAGUUUGACAAUAAGGCUGUUGUCAGAGAUCAUAUCUCUUUCGGGCAUUUGCCAAUCAUGUUGAGGUCGAAACUGUGCCAUUUAAGAGGUGCAAGCCCUGAAGAACUUAUUUUUCACAAGGAGGAGGCAACUGAAAUGGGUGGAUACUUCAUAUGUAAUGGGUUGGAGCGACUUGCACGACUUCUAAUUGUGCCGAAACGUAAUUAUCCAAUUGGAAUGGUCCGAAAAUCAUUUCGUAGUCGUGGGGAUGGGUACACCAGUAAAGGAGUUGUCAUCAGAUGUGUUCGAGAAGAUCAAUCUUCUGUGACGAUCAAGCUGUACUAUCUCCAAAAUGGAAGUGCAAGAAUUGGAUUCUGGAUAAGAGGGCGAGAGGUUUUACUUCCUGUUGGGAUCAUCUUGAAGGCCCUUAUUGAUACCAAUGACCAUGAAAUUUUUCUAAGCUUGACCUCCUGUUAUAAUGAGAAAUACCAAAGGCAGAAGGGUGCUGUUGGCACACAACUUGCUGGUGAAAGGGCUCAAAUAAUUCUGGAUGAAGUCAGGGCUUUGUUACUUUUGACUCGUUCUCAGUGCUUAGAACAUAUUGGGGAGUUCUUCCAACCUGCCAUUUAUGGAUUUGAAACUGAAACUCAUUUAGUUGUGGCAGAAGCUGUUCUUAGAGACUACAUAUUUGUGCAUCUUGCUAAUAACUAUGACAAAUUCAAUUUGCUGAUUUUCAUGCUGCAGAAGCUUUUUGCACUUGUAGAUCAAACUGCUGCACCUGAUAAUCCUGAUGCCCUACAAAAUCAGGAGGUUCUCCUCCCUGGACACUUGAUAACUCUUUAUGUUAAGGAAAAACUCGAAGAGUGGCUCCAUAAGUCAAUACGAGAUAUAAAGGAUGAGAUGUCAAAAAAUCCAGCUGAGUUUAAAUUCAAUAAGUUGGACGCAAAGAAGAUCUCUCGAAAUUCACCGUCAAUAGGUAGAGCUGUUGAGAGCAUGAUAAGAACUGGGAAGUUGGCCACAAGAUCAACUCUUGAUUUGCCUCAGAAAGAUGGUCUGACGAUUCAGGCAGAGAGGCUUAACUUUCUCCGUUUUAUUUCACAUUUUUGUGCUGUUCAUAGAGGUGCUGCUUUUGCGAAGAUGCGCACAACAAGUGUACGAAAAUUGCUUCCAGAAUCGUGGGGUUUCCUUUGCCCUGUACACACUCCUGAUGGGGAACCCUGUGGCUUGUUGAAUCAUAUGGCAUCUUCGUGCCGUGUCACAUCUUUCUAUGAUUCGGAUGGAAAGAUCAAAGAUUUCCUUAAAAUACGGAUGACCAUCUUGACUGUUUUGGUUGGGAUGGGUAUGGCUUCAUCUUUACCAAAGCUCGAGCAAGCUGGACCGCCAGAAGUGCUUCAUGUUCUCCUUGAUGGAUGUGUCGUUGGUUCUAUUUCUUCCAGUAAUAUAGAGGAUGCAGUAGGGCAUUUGAGGAGGUUGAAACUUUCAGCAUCAUCUGGGUUUCCUGCUGAUCUGGAGGUAGGUCAUGUUCCUUUAAGCCUUGGUGGAGCUUAUCCAGGUUUAUAUCUAUUCACUUCUCCAUCAAGAUUUGUUCGUCCAGUGAGGAAUAUAUAUCAGUUAUCCGACGUAAAUCAUUGCGUUGAACUUAUUGGACCCUUUGAGCAGGCUUUUAUGGAAAUAAAAUGCCCUGAUGGUGGAGAAGGUGGAAGGAGAGAAGGUUUUCCUGCAACACAUGAAGAAAUUCAUCCAACAGGAAUACUUAGUGUUGUUGCUAACCUCACACCAUGGUCUGAUCACAAUCAAAGUCCUCGCAACAUGUACCAAUGCCAGAUGGCGAAACAGACAAUGGGGUUUUCUGCACAAGCUAUUGGAAAGCGUGCAGAUGUCAAACUUUAUCAUCUUCAGACUCCACAAUCACCAAUUGUACGAACAAGUUCAUAUUCUAAAUACUGCAUCGAUGAGUAUCCAACAGGAACAAAUGCAAUAGUGGCUGUUUUGGCAUAUACAGGAUAUGACAUGGAAGAUGCUAUGAUAUUGAAUAAGUCAUCUGUUGAGCGUGGGCUUUGUCGUGGCCAGAUAUAUCAGACAGAAACUGUUGACUUGACAAAGAAGCAUGAUAAAUCCACCCGAGUUGUGGAGAUUUUUGCAAGAAGUUCUGACAGGAAAAUGAGUUCCUCAAUAGAUUCUGAUGGUCUUCCUUAUGUUGGGCAGAAAGUGCAACCAAAUGAUCCAUAUUACAGUUCGUACAAUACUUUAACAUCUGAUAUAAAACCGACCAAUAUGAAGAGUUCAGAACCGGCAGUUAUUGAUUUUGUUUCUAUUGAUGGCACAAAUUUGAAAAAUGGCAUCCAGAAGGCAAAUAUUCGAUUUCGACGUCCUAGAAAUCCUGUGAUAGGCGACAAAUUUAGCAGUAGACAUGGGCAGAAGGGUGUUUGCUCUCAGUUGUGGCCAGAUAUUGACAUGCCAUUCUCUGCCAUUACGGGAAUGCGGCCCGAUCUUAUAAUCAAUCCUCAUGCAUUUCCUUCUAGAAUGACUAUUGGAAUGCUUUUGGAAUCCGUGGCAGCUAAGGGUGGUUGUCUAAAGGGGCAAUUUAUGGAUGCAACUCCUUUCUCCAACUCAGUCAAUAAAGCAGAUGAUAAUACAUCAUUCGAAUCGAGUUCUCUAGUUGAUGAACUUGGUCCUAUGCUAACCUCAUAUGGUUUUAACUAUCACGGAGUCGAGGUUCUUUACAGUGGAGUUUUUGGUGUUGAGAUGACGUGUGAAAUUUUCAUUGGCCCUGUUUACUACCAGCGACUCCGGCAUAUGGUCUCUGACAAGUUUCAGGUUCGAUCAACUGGAGUUGUUGACCAGGUCACUAGACAACCAAUCGGUGGAAGAAAACGAGGGGGAGGGAUCCGUUUCGGGGAGAUGGAACGGGAUUCUUUGCUCGCUCAUGGAGCUGCCUAUUUACUGCACGACAGACUGCACUCAUCCUCCGAUUACCACAUUGCCGAGGUCUGCUCUAUUUGCGGGAGUCUCCUGACCGCAUCGACUCUCCAGCCACAAAAAAGAAUAGUACGGGAAAUCCGCGGACUUCCGCCUGCCAAAGCCCCCAAGACUUUUACAUGCCUUAACUGUAGAAGUAGCAAAGGGAUCGAAACUGUGGCAAUGCCGUAUGUUUUUCGAUAUUUGGCAGCAGAGCUUGCUUCUAUGAAUAUCAGAAUGGAUCUUCGUUUGAGUAAUCAACAGGAAAAAUGAGGUCUGGUCAAACUUAGUUCAUGCAUUUGUAUCAUAGGCCAGUUUUGGGAGUUAUUUUUACGGUGAAAAAAAUUUGUGCUAAUGUGUAUUAUGGAUUAUUAAUUUAUUGAUCCGAAGGAUGUGUUUUUCUGUAUCAUACGUGGCCCUUUUUUAGAAGUAGAUUAUAUUGAUUUGGAAUUGUUGUCAAGUGUAUUUUUGAGCUAAUUAAUUAGCUGAAUGGCAUUUGUUGUGGGUAUCUUUGAUUAAA